CUUUCACUGAAUUUAGGCUACUGAACUAGCUGAGAGAAAGAAGUUGGAAAAGUAUCAAAAAAUGAAAGAUGACAUGGAUGAAAUUUCCAGCCUCCUGCAAGGAGACUUACUUUCUGAAAAUCCUGAACAAGCAGUCAGUUCCUUUGGUAGACAUCGUGUGAUUCCAGAUCGAUGGAAGGGAAUGAAUCAGGAUCAGCUGAUGGCAAUCCGUUACUCUCAACAGCAACAAGUUCUGGAGAAAAUGAGACUGAAAGAGGAAGAGCGCCGAAGAGAUGCUGAAUGGGACAGGCAAAGUAUACAGGCUGCAAGGGCGCAGUUGAUUUUAGAGCGACAUCAACAACGACAGAACCGGGAAUGCCGCCAAGCUUUAGAUAACGUAAACGCAGAGCUAUCUCAGGAGCAGAAAUCAAGGAACAUUUAUCUUAAAGAAGAAGCAUAUUCAAAUUCUCCAACAGACCAGUAUUAUGCACAGUUUAAUACAACCAGCCGAUGACAUUCUGGAUACAUGAACCUGAAAUAUGCAGAAGUAUGUAGACAUAUUAAAAUUUU